AUGGGUAAAGCGAUUCAGAAGCUGUGGGAUGUAUUUGAACAGGGCAUAAAUGAGGUUGCGGUAUCACGGAAUAGUCGAUGGCUCGUCACUGCUUGUGAAGAUUCUGAUAGCGGGGAGCUCAAUGCCUGUGAGGUCGAGACAGGGAACAAGAAAACAUUCCAAGGCCACGCAGACUGCAUCGAAUGCCUCGAUAUCUCAGCGGACGGCACACUCCUGGCGGAUGGGUCAGAAGACGAACAUAUAGUAAUCUGGAGCUUGGACGCUGGCAAACUCAUGGCUGGUCCAUUCAAGAGUGACUCCGACAGUCUUGAGGUGUGGGAUGUCCAAUCACAGAAAUGGGAGGUCUCAGUCGAAGCGAAAUCUAGUGACCAAGGAUCAAUGCUUCUCAUCAUGAUAUUACCUGUGACACAUGUGCCAGUGUUCCGGACAACGAAGGACGGGACCAUUGUAGCCGCACUGUUCUACUUCACAGAUCGCAAGUCCGUCACAGCGAUCCAUGAGUUUGACGCGUUGACCCUGGGGAUCGUCGGGCCUUGGGCCUUCGAAGGGCGCACCAGCACCAUCAAUGGUCUAGUACUUUCAUUUGAUGGUGCUCUCCUCGCUAGCGCUUUCAAAGACAAGACCAUCAAGCUCUGGGCCUUCGAGUCUCGCCAACUCCUGGCUUCAUUUGACGCCAAUGCACCUAAAAAUAUUGAUCUACUCAAUUCCGACGCGACACGCCGUGCCACCAUGUUUUUCCUCGGCCCAGGCCUCGACUCAAGGGCAUUCAUAUUUGGAUUCCCGCGAGAACCCUCGACACCCACCAACACCACCCACCCCGUUCGUGCAGGUCAUGCUCCGCCACAUAUUGUUGAUGUUCCUCUCGCGUGGGGUGAAUUGCGCCACGUAUGCGACGCUCCAACCGACAUUCAUACCAGCAUCUGUGCCCAGGAAGCUAAUACCAGUACACCUAAAGAUCCAAAACUCGCUAAUUUGCUCAGUGAUCCUACUCAUCAACGCCACUCUGUUAAUCCCAUUAUUGCAGUCCGACACGACGCGCCACGCCGCGCGUUGCAACCCAGCGAUAUCGUCUGUCAGACUUCCCGGCCCCCACCCGCAAAGACAACUGUCUACAGUAGAGCAAUCCCCUUUCCUUCGUCACCUCCGCAAACUUCUUCGUUCUUCCUGCGCGAAUGCAGUUCCUCCUCUGACUUGACGUAUCUCCUUGCAGUUCCCUGCUACAUCGGUCCUACCUUCCAAUCGCUUUCCCUUGGCGCAGGCCUCGACUCGGGCAUUCACAUAGGAAUCUCCGCGACAACUCUCGACCCACACCAGCACCGCCCACUACCUUAUCCUCUCCCGCUGCCUCCAGUGUUGGCCUACACCGCAUAUUCACCUGGUGGCCUGUUCGUGCAGGCCAUACUCCGCCAGCUAUUCUUUAUGUUCCUCUCGCGUGGGCGUCACGCUGCAGCGGGUGCUCCCGCCCAGGAUGAUGAUGACUCAAUACGUGAUCAAGACUUUGUUCCGGACCAGAAAUCACGACCAUCAUCCGCAGGAGCCCAGACUAAUGCCGGAUUUCCAUGGUUAUCACCCAUCGUAUGCGUUCGUUUUGCAUCUGCAUCAGAGUUGAAUCUAACGACGCGAUCCGUUGUGUCUGUGCGUGUCUGGGUGUUUUUGAUCUCCACUUAG